AUGAAAUCAGCAUAUACCAUCGUUAAGGAUGAUUUUGAGUAAAUAAAAGCAAUUCAAUCAAAAUGGAGAUAUUAAGAGAUGAAAAAAGAAUAAAAAGAAGAUUUCAAAAGAUUACAUUUAACUUUUACUGAGGAAUAAAAUUAAGAUUUCCAACUUCCUGAUGUUUUUAUAACGACAAAGCAAUAUCAUGCCAAACCUGCAAGUAUUAUUACAAUACUUAUAAUGAGAGAGUCCAAGAAUAAAAAAAAAACAAUCGUUCAGUUUUGAUUUAGGACUAUAAUCAAUAAGUAUGUCUAAAAAUUAAAGAAAUCUUGAACUAUCAACUAUGGAAUCUAAUUAUAAAAAGUUUAAGUAGAUAUAGAUUAUUAAAAUAGAAAAUAUUGUUGUUCUAUUAAAUAAUCUCCAAGAGAAGAAGUCUUAAAUCAAUGUAUAACAAUUACAAGAAAUUAUAACUUUCAUAAAAUUGAUGGUAUUAAAUUUCCAGAAAGUCUUUAUGCUAUUCAUAAAAAAAGAAGAGAAAAGUUAGAUGACAUAUUUCGAAACUAAACUUGUGAGAAUUCUAUACAUAGAACAAAAUAAUAUGAAGAAUAAAACUAAAAAUAAUGUAUCAUUUAAAUAGUUAUUUAUUAUUUUAGAACUAUAAAAAUAGAAAAAGAACAAAUAAAAAGAAUAUAGAAGUAGAUCUUUUUUAGACAAUGCUUAUUUUUCAAUUUUAUCUGUAAAUAGAGAAUCUCAAUAAAGAAUAAAAAAAAUGAUUCAAUAUUCAUUACCAAAAGAAUCAAGAUUUUAAUAGUUUUGA